AUGCAUUUGGAGACGAAUAAGGAACAGCAAAGUGCAGAAACUAGAGCGUACCGAGUGGCCUGCGACUGCACCACGUUCUGCACCACACUCGUCAGUUCUUUCAAAGAAUUGACAGCGGCCGGAGCCAGAGUGCUCAGAGUUUCGGCGAUCGAUUUGAGCGUCGCCACGAGUUCGGCGACAUCUGCGCACGCGUGUUCUGAGUUGCGAUCACUUCAUUCGGCACAGCAACUGGAUCUUCUUGUGGAGGUGUAUGAGCGCCGCUGA